CACGAAUAUUAUUAAGGCUGCAAGCUGUAUCAAAGCAGGUUCGGCAAAGUUUUUUCUAUCGUUAUUGCGAGGUUAUUUUGCCGGUUCACUGCCUGAAAAACAGCGAUGGAAAUGAAGAAGAUUGCAUGCGCUAUCCUCUUCGCUGCUGCCUCCGUGAGUGCAGUGAUGGCUGAUGAGGUUGCUGCUCCUGCCCCAUCACCAGCAAGUGGUGCAUCAGCUAGCUUGCCAAUUGUUGGUUCAUUGGUUGGCGCCUCCCUUGCUUCAUUCAUUGCAUUGUACUUGCAGUAAAUUGUUCACACCUCAAACCAAUUAAAGAAGGAGAUGGGGAAUCAAGGAGCUUCAAGAGAGAGAGAGGAGAGUAAAAGGAUGUAUCAAGAUGUUCUAGCUUAAUUUAUUUUUUUAGAAUUUCUUUUUCCAUGCAAAGAAUUGCGGAGAACUUCUCUUCUUUCUAAUUCGUUUGAUUCUCAUGUUAUCAAUUUUAUAGAAUUCAAUAAAAUAACCAAGUUUUGGUGGAA